AUGCUCGCUCUGCGAUUCAGUGGUCGAUGCGCCUCCUCCCUCGAAAUGUGUUCCUCGUACUUGGGAUGGAUCACUCUCACCCAUGCCCACGAGAUUCCGUACAAUAGUCGGGUUCUGGUUAUAAGCUUUUACUUUUGUUCUGUCAUCCUGGUGUCCUUGCUAAUCGCUCUCAAUGUGGUCUUGGUUGGAUAUGACACCAAAGUAACUCUUCGCAAAGAUCCCAACACGACUCAACACGAAUACUGGUGGGAAUCGGAUUACCUCCCGAGCAUCCUACGCUUCAAAGAUGAUCCAGGGGAUUGCGAAAUAGGCAAGUUGAACCAGGACGUCACAUUAAAAACAAAUUCGACUUUACCUUUAUUCCCAUACUUCAAGAGCAGCUACAUAUUCAAACAUUCGGACAACAUUGACGGUGCCAAAGCUGUCACUCGGUUUGUCGACGGACCGUACCACGCCAAUCCUCUAAGCAGCUGCUUCGUUAGUGAGAUGGGACUAUACUAUGAACCUUGGUGGGAAAACUUCAGGGCUACAGCAACAGUCACUUGCGAACCCACCGAUCAGCUCCCUCGCUUUUUCAAGUUUACUACAAUCUACUCUGCAAGCGGGACACCCUAUAUGCGCCCCGACUCGACUCUCGACUACUUUAUUCUUGACGUCCACCCAGACAAAACGGCCUUGGAUUUCCAACAAUGGAUCGACCAAUAUACCGACUUUGAAAUCGACAACCGAUCUCGAUUAAACGUGCUUGGCGUGUUGGACGCUCUUGCUGGUGACCUGUCCCAAAUCGGAUGGCUCCAGUUUGACAGACUAAGCGACAAAGAGAGGGCCGCUGUUUCAGAAAUGGCCUUUUUUGGAUGGAAUCUGAAGCAAGGCGAACGUACCCUUGAUGAUGGGAGUAGACUUGAACUCUUUACACCUGAUCCAUGGUACACCGAGUUCUCGAACAAUGCCAACCGAACGAUAAUCAACUUUAUGGUUGCGAUUCGUGAUGCUAUCCACCUCGAUCUUGGCCACAUCGCCUCGGACAACAUUUAUUUGAAUAAAACGGCUUUCAAUGCGUACAUACAUCCCAAUCCUCUAUAUUCUUCAGUGGUUCAAGAAUACCAGAAACGAGUUCCCAAGUUGGAUCCUAGUGCGCUAUUGAUAUGUACCUGGACCCGAGGCUGCCUACCCAAGUCAAAUAUAACCUGGGCCGAGAUUCUUCGAGAGGACGUAGGGAAACUACCUUACAAUAACAUUAUAUUGCCGAUUGUCGAGCCAGAUCCAACCCCGAUAUCGGUGAUUGACAUGACCUAUUUGUGUCCCAUAUAUGUGCGCAAGUCAUCGGGCGAUUUGCUCGUUUCUGUUUUCAGUGCAACUUUUUCUAUGUACGGCACACUGUACACAAUAUUUUCGUUUAUUGGGCCUAAUUUGGAUAGCUCAUCCAAGAAAAAAGAAAAGGACUCGAUUGGAUCGUAA